AAAAUAAACCAAAUUUAUUUAUUUUUUUUAAAAAAAAAAAAAAAUAAUAAUAACUCAUUAUAACUGAUGAGUUUUAGCAUUUGUUUAAAUGUGAUUAUUGAAAGCCAUUACAAGUUUUAAACUCGUAUGUAACGCAAGUAUUUCAUUGAAAUUUAAAAAUGGCAAGUAACAAUGAAAAAGUUGAUAUGCUUUUAGUUUAUGGUGAAUGUCGACGUAAUUCACGAAAUGCCACUAGACUUUAUGCAGAACGAUAUCACCCUCCUCACAAUUACUUUGUCCGGAUUGAAUCAUCUUUGAGAAAUAGUGGUGGACUACCUGCAAGACGAGGUGAUAAUCGGUGUAAUCAAAGACAGUUGAUUGGACAGGUAAACGAACAGGACGAAUUGCAGGUAUUAGCUUAUGUUCAAUUAAAUCCUCGAUCUUCGAUUAGGCAUUUAAGCAACGAAAUUGGAAUUUCUUGUAAAAAAGUUCAAAAAAUUUUGAAAAAAAAUGAAUUGCACCCGUGUAGGCCUGAUUUAGUACAAAAGUUGGUACCAGGUGAUUCUAAUCGUAAACUUACAUUUAUUGCAUGGUUUAUGAUACAAUUACAAGACGAACCCGAUUUUCUACGAUUUAUCUGUUGGACCGACGAAUCAAAGUUUACCAACAACGGUAUAAUUAAUAAACAAAAUAACCGGUAUUGGGCUGAUCACAAUCCAUAUUGGACGACUGAUACAAAUCACCAAACAGUUUGGGGAACUAACCUUUGGUGUGGGGUACUAGAUGGGAGACUUAUCGGCCCGUAUUUUUACGAUGGUACACUUACCGGGAGAAGAUACUUGGAGUUUACAUGAACUAACAUUUACAUCUAAUUGAGGUUAAUUAAUUCCUCAAAAUUAAAUUUAAAUGAUUAAAUAAUAUCUUCAAACCUACGGAUACAAAAAUAAUAAAUAAAAUUUCAUAAUAAUUCAUAAAAUUCUAGUAUGAUUGAUGAAAAAUUCAAUGAUUUUAAUCGAAACUUUGACUGGUUGCCAUUUAGUCAGAUUUGAUUUUACAGCUAUGGUAAAAAGGAUCAAAUCGACUUAAAAAAAUUCGGUCUAUCCGAAUUUGGUAUUAAAACACCUGUUGCCAUUUAAAAAAAUGCAAGUUGUAUUGCACAUGCGCACACGGAAAGAUCUAAAAAUAUAAAAAUCAUUAAAAAAUGUGUAUUUAUGUAUUCCCUAUCCCCUCCUGAAAACCGCAUAUUAAUCCGAUGUCACUGGACAGAAUUAUUUAGUGUUACCUUUAAAAGGAAACACUGUAUAACAACUUAAAAAAAAAAUCUUGUCUCAUUGUAUCAUGACAAUUUGGUUUUUUUCUGAUUAAAUAUGGGCCAGUAUAUGAACAUAUUUCUAUU